UUUCGUUUUCCAACUCUGCUUUCUUUUGCUCAUCCUCUGGCGUCUAAAGGGCCAGAAGAAGGGCCAGAAAUGGCCCUCCAACAGAGUCCGCGACGUUUACUUAAAAUGGCGUCGCCCUCUUUCUCUUCGCGUUCUUCGAAUCGUUGUCUUCUAUUCUCCCUACUGUGUUUACUACACAACCUCAGACUAUUGUUUGCUCUAAAGAUCUUGCAUCUCUUCCCUUUCGUUCUCGCAUACGCCUUCGCCUCUCCGGCACUUUCACCGGCGUUGGAGCCUGCGAAUAGGACUCCAUGCGUCGCCGUACCGUGGACGAUUCCUGGUCUGAUGGAGACAGUACCAGCUCGCAAUCGGACGACUCGUCGACAUACCGAACGAAUCUGAACGAUACGCCGGAUACAUCAGGCUGUGACUCGGACGCAGACCUUAACAGGGAGUCAGCAUGGCUACUCGAAGGCAAUGAGCAUCCACCAGAGUACUACAACCAGCUGCUGGAUAACUUUGACGACUCGGAGUAUACCAAGGAGGAUUAUAGCGAUGGCACUACCGUCCUCCUCGACCGAAGCGAAGCGCAGUGGAACCAAUACUGUGCCUAUACCGGAAAAGACCCCAAGAAGAUGUACCAGGCCAUAUCAAUCAACGUAUUGCACAACUUUUUCCACUGGCUGCUCAGCCAGCGCCGCGGGAAGGAGGGACGGCGACUUCGAGGGACCAAACUGGCCAGUUCUUUGGGCACAUACUGGAAAAUCUAUCGGCUUACGUACGAGCGAGCCACUGGCGAUAAGAUCAACGGUCCGACGACGCGUGGGAUGCAUAAGGUGCUGCGAAAGCUGGCGAAGAGACACGGAUUGAAAAAGGGAGCCAGGGAAAAGCCGUGCAUGUAUGUCGAGGAUCUGAAAGAAGCGCUACGGACAAAUUUGUGCGCAGUUGAAAAAAAAUACUCACAUGGGAGAAUCCGGAUUGGGGUGCAGCUUUUCAUGCAAAUUGGGGGCUUUACGGCUAAUCGUCCUGGGGCAUUACUUAACCUCUGCUACCGACAUAUUAGAGUCACAUUGCUGCGAGACCCCGAAGGUGGGCCGAAUCGGAUUCUCCUUGAAUUUUCAUUCGAGUUUACAAAGAGCUUCCUUGGUAUCAAGGACAUAAACACAUUUCCGAUCCCAGAGAUCAUAUAUGAUCCGUCUUUAAUCUACAGCCCGCACGUGCUCCUGCUAGGUCUGAUUUUCGACGAUCAAGCUUUCGCAGCACCAAGCCUUACCUCUCCGGAUCAGCUCAGCAUGCUGGAUAUCGAGCCAGGCCAGAACCAACUACUAUUACCGCUACGAUCUGACCUAGACGAUGUUCCGAUUUUCCGCAAAGCUAUUAAAACGCCAGAAGGAUGGGAGAUAUCAAAGGACGAGCCUCUAGAGUACUCUACCAUCCGGUAUGCGAUGAAGAGAGUCGGCGAGCUCACUGGGUUCAAGUUGCUUCUGCGCCCAUACGCACUCCGAUAUGGUGCUGGAAAAGCUUUCAACGAAAACGGCAACGUCAGCGAGGCGCUCCAAAACCUGAUGAUGCAGCACGGUGAUCCGCGGACGUUCUUAAAACACUACCUCCAUCGACGAGUAACAGUAGAUGCGGCUGCAAUUGUGCGGCGAGUCCAGCCCCAAGACGCAGUCAUGCAAGCUGCUUGUAACAUGAGCCGAUGGAUUGACCCGAAUCGACCCUGGGGCCUUACCGCAGAGCAGGCAGACUCGGUGAACCAAACCCCUCUUAUUCGUUCCCUUCUGCAGGAUCGGGACAGACUGAAGCGCCGCUACAGUCCGAAGCAUAUUAAGUACAUUGAACACAAUAAGAGGAUUAUAAGUGAAAAGCAACGCCUUCGGGCAUCACUUCUUGCAGAUAUUCAAGAGAAGUAUGAGAAGGAAGGCCCAGUACGAGCGAUUGAGCAGCAGCUGUCGGGCGUGAAGAUCAGUCAAAAGCCAAUAGUUGCGUCCUAUUUCACGACCAAGACUCUUCCCGAACAGAAGCGAUUGAUCGAGGCGCUCAUACUUGCCCCACCAGGGAACACUCUCGAGGAGGAGUUCCGGCGGCGGAACGAGGCCAUCAUCGCCGUUACAGAGUACUGCAAAAUCGAAGAAGGCGAUACACCCAAAAGCCAAACGCGGCCUCGAGGCCAAAUGAAGCGCCUGUCGAUCAAAAAUGAGGAUGAAGACCGAUCAGCAGCGCCCGUUAAGCUAAUAGAGAAAGAAAUAGAGGCCGCUAUGCUAUCGGUCUUUAAAGAUAAGCGACCGACGAUAUGUUUUCUUUGUCUUGGUAACGUCGCUUUACCGCUUGCUAUACGAGUCUAUUCCUUUAGCACUUCCUCUGAUCUUGGCAAGCACUUUCGGCGGAAACACCUGUCUAAUAUUACGGACGGCGAGAGGAUUGACUGCAGGGUUUGCAAGAUGUCACUCAGCUGCAAGAUGCACUUGCAAAGCCACGCGAAGAAGAUACAUGGGACGGUGUCGUGAACUUCGAUACUGAGUUAUCGAAUCUUGGUACGCUGGUUGAAGCGGCCGCGUUACGAUUGAGGAACAGUCAUUUCUUUGUCACUGUUGGGUCCGAUUCGAAGUAUAUUCGCGACUUUGCAGCUAGUCUCUUAUUUACGUUUCUAAUGACAGUAAGGUUCAUCUGGUGUACGAAAUCCUUUGAUCAAGGGAAUCUACAUGCGAGACGUGAUUGGAUUCGAAAGGUGUGAUAGAGUCAGAGAGAUGGUAGCUUCUGUAGCGACAAGGUUUGGGG